GUUACCAUCAUCCUGCAUCCUUUGGAAUGACUUGACUGAUAGGGAAUGGCGUCCGUUUAGGGCUGGACCAGGCCUUUAACGACUUGCAAGCCAACGUCAGUCACAUCAAGCUGCGUUUAGCAGGAUGGACAGUGAGCAAACCACAAAGUCUUCUGCGAUGCCGCCCAUAAUUAGUUCGCAUGAGGCCUCCGAACUGUCCGGGGCCCAGAACAGCGUAGCAGGCCCCGAGUCCCCAAGCUGGGUGGCGCGACUGCAGGCGGCUGAGAAGAGAAGAGAGGAGUUCCGGGCCUGGCUGCGGCGCACGCGUCGCGGCAACGCUGGCGGAAGCACCAAGGCGGCCGAGCGGCUCGCGGCGGAGGAGCGUCGAGAGCGGCGCAUGGAGCGACUGCAGGAGCGCCUGGCUGCGGCGGAGGCCUCCCGCGCCGCCUCGCUAGCCCGGCUGCAGCACCGCGCCGCCGCCAUGGCAGCCGGCAGAAGCACCAGCCAGCGGCAGGAGGCAGCUACAGCCAUUGCAGCGGCUGUAGCAGGCGCAGGCGCCAACGGCGGCGCCGCGGCGGCGGUGGCGGCGGCUGAGAGGCUGGAGGCGGAGCUGGCGGCGGCGGAGGGGCGGCGGCUGGCGCUGCGGGCGGCGGAGCGGGAGCGGCUGCGGGCAGAGCACGAGCUGGUCCUGAGCAGGCUGACGAGCAGCCAGGAGCGCGCCGCGGCGGAGACGGCGGCGCGCAGCAGCCGGCUGCAGGGGCGGCUGGCGGCGGCGGCGGCGGCGCGGGAGGCGCGGCUGGCGCGGCGGGCAGCGCGCGCGGCCAGCAAGGUGGAGCGCGCCCGCGCGCUGGGUGAGGCGAGCCGGCAGCAGCAGCAGAGCGAGGUGGAGGCGCGACGCCAGGCGCUGGAGGCGAAGCUGGAGGAUGCACGGCGCCGGCGUGAGCAGGGCCGCUCCCGCACGCCCUCAAGCUCCGGGUUCGCGGUCAGCCCACGCAGCCCGCCCGGGCCCGCAGAGCGCGUGGCGGCGGCCGCCGCCGGCCUGGCGGCGCUGUCGGUGGAUGUGCCGGCGGCGGCGGCGGUUGCGGCGGUGGCAGCGGCGCCUGACGGCGCCGCCAGCGUCGUCAGCCCCGGAAGUAUGGAGACCCUGGUGACGCUGGCGGCGGAGGCAGCGGCAGAGGAGUCGGCGGCGGUGGCGGCGCAGCGGCGGCGGCGCGCCGCCGCCGCCGCCAUGGCGGUGGCGGGCGACGACGGCGGCGGCAGCGAGAGCGGCAGUGAGGCGGACAGUGAGGCGGAGGAGGAGGCGGUGGCGGCGGCGGAGGCGGCCGCUGCCGCCGCCGGGCUGGAGGCGAUGGCCUCCACCACUGACUUUGAGACGGAGCUGGAGAUGGUGAGCGACGCUGACGCCGCCGCCAGCCCUGAUCGCCGCCGCCGCGAGGGCGCGGCGGCACUGGCGGCUUCGGCGGCGGCGCCCGCCGGGCCGGAGGCCUCGGGCGACGAAGGCGGCGGCCGCGCUGCCGCUGUGGAUCCGAAAGAUCAGGAGGAGCAAGCCCAGGCGUCCCCUCAGGAGCUGCAGCCGCAGGCAGCGCCGGAGGGAGAGCACGUGGCGCUGGAGGGCUUGCGGCGGAGCAUCAGCAGCCGGCGGCUGCAGGCGGGCUGGCGGGCUUUCGCCAGUGGCAAGCACACCACCCGCGCCCUGGCAGAGGCCUUUGUGGCGCAGCGCGUCACCGACGUGCAGCUGCCCACGGCAGCGCCGGCGGCGGCACCGGCACCGGCACCGGCGGCGGCGGCGGCAGCAGAGGAGGCGGCGGCGCGCGCCGCAGGCGCCAUUGACGUGCCGCGUCCCCGUAAUAGCGGCGGCGGCGCGAGGCCGGCCCCUCCAGCCGUGGUCAUUGGCCUGGGGAGCCCGCGCAAGGGCAUGAAUGGUGGCGGCCGCGGCGGCAGCGCGGGCUCGCACCCCGACGCCGACGCUCUUGACGAGGAGGGGGAUGAGUUCGAGCGCUUUGCCGCGGCGCUGCGCUCGCCCGCCACGCUCAAGGCCACGCAGGCGCUCAUGCGACGUCUGGAGCAGAGGCUGGAGGCGCGCAGCGCCGGAGCUGCUACUGCCGCCUCGCCUGGCGGCGGCGGCGGCGGCAGUAGCAGCGCUACUGCCGGCGCCAAGGCCACGGGUGCGGCUGGCAAGGCCAACGGAUCGCACGCCGGCGCCGCCGGUGCCGCGGGUGCGGGCACGGGCGCUGCUGCGGGAGGGGACAACACGCAAACGCUGCUGCGCCGGCUGUUUCCGCGCGCGCCGGCUGAGUCGCGCAUUGAGCGCUACCCGGCGCGUGUGCUGCUGUGCGCCUUCAUGAUCGUUAAGCACCCGGAGGUGGUGUUCUCGGGCGCGGGCCCGCGCGAGGCUGCCCUGGCGGCGGCCGCCAAAGAGCUGGUAUACCGCUUCGAGGCCUUGCUAGAGCGCAUCCUCAUCGCCCCUGCUGCAGCCGCCAGUGCUACAGCCGCCUCGCCAAGCGCCCAGCCGCCCUCGCCGUCGGCUGCUGACGUCAGCAUGCUGUCGGCCUCGCCUGUGGCGCGUGGGCUGGAGGAGCUGAGGCGAAGGCGGGCGGCGCAGGUGGCGGCGGCGGCGGCGGCGCAGACGCCGGCUCAGCGCUCGGCGGGCGGUUUUGGCGCACUGGAGCUGCCGCCGGUGUCGCCGUCGGGUGCCGGCCUGUCCAGCAUGACUGUCGGCUCGCUGCUGGAGGGCUACGACGCCGCCUGGCUGGCCUACCUGGACCAGUUCACGGCGUGGAAGGGGGCGGACGCGGCGGCGCUGGAGGCGGACCUUGUGCGCUGCGCUGCCGCGCUGGAGGGCAGCAUGCUGCGCAAGUGCCGCGGAGACCCGGGCAGCGAGCGCGUGAGGCGCAGCGGAGACCUGCAGGCCGUGAUCGCGCAGACCUCGCACGACCAGGCGCUGCUGCGCGAGCGUGUGGCGCGGCUGGGCGGACCCGCGGGCCUGUCACGGCUGGCGGCGGCGCUGGAGGCGGUGCGGCAGCAGGUGGCUGGGGAGCUGGCGGCGGGGGCCUUCAGCAGCUUGACGCCCUCCGCCAGCGAGGCCGACACCACGGACGGGGACUCGCCGAACCCCCGGCGCCGGCGCAGCCCCACGGCUGCAGCUGCCGCGGCGGCCCGGGCCGGCAGCGCCACACCGCCCACCACGCCGCCGCGCGUCUCCCUCAACGGCCUAACUGCCAUUACCAGCCCGUACACCGCCGCCGCUGCAACAGCUGCUGCUGCUGCUGCUGCCGGGCCCGCUACCGGCGGCUCCCCUACCGCUGCUGCCGCCUCCACUGCCGCCGCGCCCAAGACGCCCACUGGAGCGGCUGCGGCGGCUGCGAACGGUGCUUCCGCAAAUAGCGGCAGCAUUCCCGCGGCUGCGGCUGCGGCGCCAGCUGCGGCUAGUGUGCCCAUUGCGGUGCCCUCGCGUGCGCACGAGGACAGCGGUGCCACUGGUGGCGGUGCCGCCAGCGCAAGGGCGGCGAUGAUGGUGGCGCCCUCCCCCCUGGCGGCCAGCCCGCGGUCGCCCGGCGCCCUGUCCCAUUCUGUCCUCGGCGCCCCCUCCCCGUCAGCUGCUCUUGCGCCUGCGCCUGCCGCUGCGCCCGCGCCCGCGCCCGCACCCGCCCCGGGCGGCCCCGCGCAGUCGGCUCUGGACGCGGCCCUGCACUCCAACAGCGCGCUGGUGCACGACAUGCUCCUCGCCGCCAACACCGGGAGUAGCGGCGGUGGCGGCGGCGGUGCGGGCGGCGGCGGGCCCUACAAGCUGUCUGCGGCGGACGCGGAGGCGGCGUGGGGCCGGGCCGUGGCGGCGGUUGAGCGGGGCAAGGACGGUCUGGCGGGUGUCCCCCCGCCGCCCGAGCCGGCCGAGCUGGCGGCUAUGGGUCAGGAGGCGCUCAUUCGGGUGCUCAGGAGCAGGACUGGCGCCAUCGCGGAGUGCGCCUUCUGGGCGAACGUAGCCGCCGCCCUCACCGCCGCCCUGUCGCCGCCGCUCCCUGCCGGCGCCGCCGCCCGCCGCUUCAGCGCCGCUGGCGGCCCGCAGCCGCCUGGCGGCAGCCGCCGCCACCGGGCGCACCCCACCGCCCCCAGCGCGGCGGCGGCUCGGGCGGCGGUGACGGCGGGUCUUGCCGGUAUGGUGGCGCCGCUGCUGUCCGAGGUGGCGAGUGACAUGGCAGGCGUGCUUAACAACCCACAGCAGGCCGGAGCACUGCGUUCCGAGUUCUCCGAGGGCGCCGUUCGCUCCGCCAUCAUGUCCGCCGCAGCCGGCGGCCCCGACGCCGUGUCGGCGUUGCGACGGGCCCUGUCGUCCGUUGAGCGGCUGGCGGGUCUGUUGGUCGCUGGCGGCGCGGCGGCACGCGAGGAGGAGGCGCUGGCGGCGCACGCCGCCGUACGACAGCAGUUGGCGGCGGCGGCCGGCGGUUGGGCGCAGCGGUUGGCUGAGUCAGACGCGGCUUUCGCGGCCGCCGGCAGCGCGGCGGCGGGCUCCGAGUUCGAAGAUAGUGAUGAGUCGGACAUGAGCGAUGACGAGGCAGAUGGCCGUGUGAGCGCGUAUCGGAGCGAUGAGGAUGAGGAGCAGGCGGCCGAGGAGGCGGCGGGGGGAGCAGCAGGAGGAGUGGCUGCUCCGUCGCCGCAGGUGGCGGCACUGGCGGUGGCGCUGGCGCGGGCGCUGCGGCUACUGGCGGCGCAGGUCAAGCUGCUCAAGCUGGAUGCCGCAAACGGCCGGCUUCAGGCCCUGGCGGUCAGCCUGGGCGGCGAGGGCGCAGUCACCUACCUGCGCUCCAAGUUCGCAGCCAUCUUCGGGCUGCAGCCCCCGCCCGCACCCACCACAGCCACAGCAGCAGCGGCAACGCCCGUCAACGGCGAGAACUCGGUGGCAGCCGCGGCGCCGGCGGCGCCGGCGGCGCCGCCGCGGCGGCCGCUGCUGGCGGCGCUGCCUCGCACGGCGGCAUGGCUGGCGGGCGCCGCCGCCAACGCCGCCGGCAUCACUUCAUACAUGUCUGCCAACGGCGUCGACAUGCGCGCCGCCGCCGCCACCGCGGCGGCGGCGGCAGGCUCCGGUGCCGGCGUGCCGCUUCACCUGCGGUCCGGCCUCCGGCAGUCGCCCGCCGCCGCCGCCGCGGCCUCGGCGUCUGCUGACGUCAGCGCCCGCCUGGUCAUACCGCCGGUGGUCCCGGUGGGCCCCGCGCCUGAGAUCGCCUCCUCCUCCUCCUCUGACCCCAGCAGUAACGCCCCUGUUGGAGCCCCGGGCGACUGGCGCUGGCUGGUGCGGGCGGGCGUGGCGGCGCUGGUGUGCAGUGACGCGCCGGCGGUGGGCCCGGGACUGGCGGAGAGCCUGCUGUGGGAUGGCGAGGCGCUGCAUGGCGCCCAGAACCAGUUCCAGCAGCUGCUGGUGGUUACGGCGGGCAUGCUCCUAGUGACGCAGCUGAGGGGCGCCGCCGCUGCCGCGGCGCGCGCCGCCGCGCCGGACGCCGCCGCCGCGGCUGCAGCCUCAGCUGCCGCCGCCGCCGCCUGGGGCCCGGAGGCGCGAGCGUCCGCCUGCCGUCGGCUGCUGGUGGUGGCGGCGGAUCCGGGCAUGGCUCUGCCGGAUCUGACGACGGAGCUGGCGGCAGCUGCGGGGGUGGCGGGCGAUGCCGAGGCGGAAGCACGGCUUAAGACCGCCUUCAUGGCGCUGGUCACACCGAGCUCAGGAGCCUUCCGCUCCCUCACCAAUGCCCUGGGUGCGGCGCUGCUGCUACACCUGGCCCUGGGACCGCCGCCAGGUGCGGUUGCCGGCGGCAGCGGCACCGCUGCAGCCCCUGCUGGCACUGCCGCUGGCACUGCUGCAGGAGGUGGCGUGGCCGCGGCUGCGGCGGCGGCGCUGCUGGGUCGGGUGGGCGCGGCGGGGCUGGCUGGUGACGUGGCAGCGUUGGGGGAGCGGCUGCUGGGGCUGUGUGCGGUGAAUGAGGCGGUGCAUGGGCACUUGUAUGAGGGGCUGUUGGCGGAGCUGGAGGAGCAGCGGGAGCGGCAGGAGGCGGAGGAGAGGGAGCGGGCGGCGGCGCGAGAGCAUGAGGCGAGGCUGGGGGCGGGGGCGGAGCGGCAGGAAGGGCAGGCUGUGGUGGUGGGGCAGGUGAACGGGGAGGAGGAGGAGGAGAAGCUUGGAGAGGGCGAUGAGAUCUGAGCGACAAGAGCGCCUGGCGCGAUUUGGAGCGACAAUACCAAGUGAGUUUAAGCGGACUGUAUGAUGAGCGGGUGGUGGGCACGCAACAUUGUAUCUGAACUAGCCGGUGAGGGGGGGUCUGGGGGAUGAGUGAAGGAAACUGCUGUGGACGGGCUUGCGGACGGGGAAGGCUCCGGGCCUGCAGACAGUGCAGAGACGCUAGCUGCAAGAGGGGGAGCACGAUUUGUGGAGGAGUUUCUGAAUCGUUGUUGCAGGCGGCUAGGGAAUGCGGCCUGUACGCGGGUUAUGAAGCGUUCGAGAAUUUGCGGCGUCGAGCGUUGGGCGGACGGGCAUCCAGCCAUGGGACCGACUGGGCGCGCCGGAGCGAUGCUGGCGACCAAUCAGCCACGGGACCCCGCGCAUGUAAUGUAAAUUGACA